AGCUCCGCCGCUCGGCCCGGAGCCCCCCCCCCCCCCCCGGUUCGGCCCAUAUGGUGCUGAGCGGGACACGAGCAGCGCCCUGAGCCCACCCGUGUCCGCAUGGCCCCACGCGGGACGCGGCCCGGGGCGGCCGCCUUCAGCCUCCUCCUCCUCCUGCUGACCGGCAGUAACGGCGGCGUGGUGGAGGUGCAGCGCACGGUGACGGCGGUGCUGGGUCAGGACGCGGAGCUGCCGUGCCGGUACCGGGCCCAGGAGGGGGAGCAGGUUGUGCAGGUGACGUGGCUGAAGCGCGGCCCGUCGGGGCGCAGCGCGGAGCUGGCGGUGCUGGACCUGCGGCACGGGGAGCACGUGCAGGACGCGUAUGUGGGCAGAGUGCGGCGGCGCGGGGACGGAGCGUUGGAGGACGGAGGGAUCGUGCUGAGAAACGCCGUGCAGGGAGACGAGGGCGACUAUGAGUGUCACCUCAUCACGUUCCCCUCGGGGAGCUUCGAGGGGAGGGUGGCGCUCAGGGUGCUGGACCUGUCUGACGCGUCGGUGCUGGGGCACACGGAGGAGUGGGCCGAGGGAAUGGAGGGGGCUGCGCUCACCUGCCUGGGGGACGGGAACCCCCCGCCCACCUACAACUGGACACGGCUGGACGCCCCCCUGCCCGCCGGUGUCCGCAUCAAGGGGGACACGCUGCUGUUCCAGCGCCCGUUGGCUGCUGCUGAUGCCGGGGAUUACGUGUGUCGUGUGGCAAAUCGCGUGGCUGCAAAGGAGGCGACGGCCAACGUCAGCAUCAAGAGCAGGGCGGCAGAGGACGAGGUUCGGCGGGUGGACCUGGUGUCGGCCUCGGUGGUGGUGGUGGGCGCCAUCGCUGCCGUGCUGCUCUGCGUCCUCGUGGUCGUGGUGGUCGUCAUGACCCUGUACCACAAGCGCAAGACCAAGAGAAUCUCUGAGAAGUACGAGGAGGAGCUGACGCUCACGAGGGAGAAUUCCAUCCGCCGGCUGCACUCCAGUCACAGCACCGACACACGCACACAGCUGGAGGAGACGCUGCAGCUGCGCACGGAGAGUCGUCAGGGCAGCCUGCGUGGGGACAGCCUGCGUGGGGACAGCCUGCGUGGGACCAGCAUCUGCUCUGCCAUGAGUGAAGAGGCCGAGGGCCGCAGCUACUCCACCCUGUCCACGGUGCGGGAGAUCGAGACGCAGACGGAGGUGCCCAUGUCCCCAUUGCUGCCCCCGUCCCUGGAGGGCAAAGAGGUGAAGGAGGAGGAGGAGGAAGGUGGGGACAACCCCAUCAAGCAGGCGAUGACGCACUUUGUGCAGGAGAACGGCAUGCUGCAGGCACGGCCCAGCACCAACGGCAUCUACAUCAAUGGGCGCGGGCACCUGGUGUGAGCAGGGAUGUGGGGCUGGGGGGGGGACAGACAUGGACCACCGCCCCCUCCCUGCUGCCCCAGAGCA